CCGCCCCAAGGUGUGCUCGGCCCGUGCCCCAUUGCGAAGCCUCAGCAGGGUCUGCCCCGGAAUCAGUGAUGUCGGGAUCCCCUCCACUAAAGGAACCGGGAUGGCAUCCUCGAGGGGCGAAAAAUAAAAGAGGGGAACCUGGCAGGGGGAGGUCCCGGCCAGGGGAGGGUGAUGGCGCUCCGGUUUAGAUUCGGUUCCUGUCACUGUUCGCAGCUUCUCUAAAAUGAGCGGCCAAGCCCCCGCUGGCCUGGAAGGCAGGGUCCGGAAAACCCUGCGGAAGGUCUUCGGGUUUGAGUCCUUCAAGACUUCCCUGCAGGAAAGCGCGACCAUGACUGUGGCGAGAGGGGAGAAGGAUGUCUUUGUGUGCAUGCCCACAGGGGCAGGGAAGUCCUUGUGCUACCAGCUUCCUGCAGUUCUGGCAGUGGGCAUCACCAUUGUCAUUUCACCUCUGAUUGCACUGAUUCAGGAUCAAGUGGAUCACUUGCUGGCUCUGAAGAUCAAAGCCUGCUCUCUCAACUCCAAGCUUUCUGCCCAGGAAAAAAAGACAAUCCUGGCUGACUUGGCAAGUGAGAAGCCCCAGGUAAAACUCCUGUACCUCACCCCAGAGAUGGCAGCUGCCUCUUCCUUCCAACCUACUCUGAACUCUCUGCUGUCCCGUAAUCUCUUGUCCUACCUGAUCAUCGAUGAAGCUCACUGCGUCUCCCAGUGGGGCCACGACUUUCGACCUGAUUACCUGCGGCUGGGCACCCUGCGCACCCGGGUACCCAGCACUCCCUGUGUUGCCCUGACUGCCACGGCCACCAAGCAGGUCCAGGAGGACAUUGUGGCAGCACUGAAGCUAAAGCAACCACUGGCCAUGUUUAAGACUCCUUGCUUCAGAUCUAACUUGUUCUAUGAUGUGCAGUUCAAAGAGCUCUUGACGGAUCCGUAUGCCAACUUGAAGGACUUCUGUCUGAAGGCACUUGAAGUCAAGAACACCACUGGGGUGUACUCUGGCUGUGGCAUUGUGUACUGCAGGAUGAGGGACGUGUGUGACCAGCUGGCUAUUGAACUGAGCUACCGAGGGGUCAAAGCCAAGGCAUAUCAUGCAGGGCUCAAGGCAGCUGACAGGACUUCAGUCCAGAAUGAAUGGAUGGAAGAGAAGAUCCCUGUUAUUGUUGCAACCAUCAGUUUUGGAAUGGGAGUAGACAAAGCAAAUGUAAGAUUUGUUGCCCACUGGAAUAUUGCUAAAUCAAUGGCUGGGUAUUACCAAGAAUCUGGGAGAGCUGGGAGAGAUGGGAAGCCCUCCUGCUGCCGACUCUAUUACUCAAGGAAUGACCGGGACCAAGUCAGCUUCCUGAUCAAGAAGGAGCUCUCUAACAUCCAAGAAAAAAAAGGCACCUUAAAAGAAUCUGACAAAGCUGUGAUGACAGCAUUUGAUGCCAUUGUGAACUUCUGUGAGGAGCUGGGAUGCCGCCAUGCUGCCAUAGCCAAGUACUUUGGUGAUGUCACCCCGCCUUGUAACCAGUGCUGUGACUACUGCAAGAACCCAGGGGCAGUGAAAAGGCAGCUGGAGUCACUGGAGCACUGCAGCAACAGCUGGAGCAAAACCUGCAUUGGGCCCACAGGUUCCUCCUGGGAUACAUAUGACCCGGAGCUGUAUGAAGGCGGGAGAAGAGGCUGCAGAGGUUUUAGCAGGUAUGAUGAAGAAAGCAGUGGGAAUUGGGAUGAAGACAAUGAAGAGAGUCGGAAGCGUGAGUGGAACAACUUCUACAAAAAGCAGAUGAGUCUGCGCAAAGGCAAAGAACCAGAAAAGGAAGAUUUUGUUCCUCCAAGUGCAGACUGCCCCUUGAAGGAUGCUUCCAGCAGGAGAAUCUCUAAGCUCACAGUGAAGGGACGGGAACACUGCUUGAAGAUGCUGGAAGAAGCCUUGAGCACCAAUCAAACGGUUCCAGCAGCAGGAGGAAAAGGGUCAGACCCUCAUGCCUGUGCUGUGGAGCUGGAGUAUGAAGCUUUCCGAAGCAGCAAAAUGGCCAACUCCUACAAGGCAACUGUGCUGAAGAAGGUAGCAGAAAUCAACAAAGCCUCAAAACAAGGAGAGCUGUUCUUAGUCUUUGGAUCUGGAAGCAGUGGCAACAGCAGCUUGGAAACAAAACCUGGGGCUCCAGCAGAAGAGGACUUCCUCCCUGCAUCCCAGGUUUACUCGUUCAAACCCAAGCGUGUGGGAGCAGGAUUUCCAAAGAAAUCCAGCCUGUUCCAGACAGCUUCAGAACUGCUGAAGAUCCAGGAGAAGAGUGAUGCAACGCCUGUCAAAAGAGAAGUAGAUUGUCCAAGUGGUCAAGACAACAGCAACUGCAGUCUGGAACUGGAUACCAGAAACCCUGUUCUUCAGAAGAAAGGAGCAACCAAAGCAAUGUGUGAAAGUGCUGAGACAGAAGUACUCCUUUCUGAAAGGAAGGGACAGAGACCCAGUCCAGACAAAAAAGCUGCCCUUUGGGAGAGCCCAACUAAAAAGUCCAAACCUAGCAAGAAGCAGCAAAUGCUUGCAGAAGCAGCUAAGAAAGAAUCACAGGAUAUUUCCAAAUUCUUCUCUCUCCCUAAAGGUGGGUCUAAAGCCAAGAGUUGCAGCUCAGCAAAGGGAGAUAGCUGUUCUGCAAGCACACUACCUCACGUUUCUUCACAAAGCAUGUGUCAAGAGAAACCAAUACCUCAGGAAAACAAUGAUGUCUCUGGAGAUGUGACUGGACAGAACCAGGCAGAGAAUGAAAAACUGCCAGAGACAGAAAUAACCCUGACUGAGAGAGAAGAGGAUUUUAAAACACAGCAGACUGCUGAAUCUGAAUUCCUUCAGAAAGAAAUUGGUGUAAAAUCCAGUAGUGUUGCUGAAAAUGUUGCAGAAACUGAACUUACUGUUGUUGGGGAAGGCGAGUGUGGGAAGAGACCAGGAUCAGAUGAGGAUAUGGAAAAUCCUGCAACAAAGCGGCUACGGACAGUGGCAAAAUCUUCAAUUCUGUCCCAGUCAGAAAGCAAAAGCGUUGGUCCGAUGAAGAAGAAGGUGACUUUUGAUCCAAAUUUAUCACAGUGUGAUAAAGAAGGAACCAGCAAGACUGUACAGCCAGUGACCAAGAGCACAUCCCUCAAAGAGACAGCAGACAUCGUUGUCAAAUGUUUGACCCCAUUCUACAAGGGUGGCAAAUUUGCUUCCAAGGAUCUGUUUAAGGGCUUUGCUCGGCACCUCUCUCAUUUGCUGACUGAAGAGCAGAGCCCUGCCUGCAAGACUGUGAAGGAGGAAGCACAGAGGCUCAUUAAGGAGUUUUUCAAAACAAGGGUCAGGUGUGAGAGUGAGACAGACUGGCAGGAGCUGCAGAGCUCAGAGACCUGAUCCUUGCAUCAUGCUGCCUGUCUUCCUUCCUCCAACAGUAGGACCAGGGGAUCUUCAAGAACUCAGCCAUGGAAGGCUUCAUGAAACUGCAGAAUUGAGCUUUAUUUUUCCCAACUGCAUUUUUGCUCACUACUGACCUUAGUGGCACACACCACCUGGAAACCAGUUUCUGUGAAGUUCUGGAGAGUUUCUCCAAUUACCAGGACACUGAGCCCUCUAGUUCCUCUUUUCAAGAGAUGGAGCCUGCAUCUGCAGUGUGGAUUAGCAGCUGCUGCCUCGGAUGUUGUGCAGUGUUUCAAACCUCUACUUUCCUACAGUUGUCUGGGAAGGGCUUUCCAGCCAGGACUCUGCUUUGGGAUGGUAUCCCACUUCCUGGAUGGCUUCCCCCAUCUCUUAGUUCUUGUUUCAGUGUUACCAAUAGAAGCCUUAUGCUACAAGUUCACAUGCUUUGCUUGGGCUGCCAGUGACAAACUUGAUGGUUGAGUUCCUGGAUGGAAUGUUUUCCCUUGAAGGGCAAGAAGAGAAUGUUGUGGGUUGUUUUUGGGUUUUUUUUUUGUUUGUUUUUUACCAUGCAGGUGAUGUCUACUUUCUGAAGGUGAAGAAACUCAAGAGUUUUUUUGUUUUAAUCUGAAGGGUUUUUUUAAACUGUGUCUAGUUCUGCCUGCCCUUUCACUUAAGCAGUCAUUCUCUUCCAAGUAUUAACUUCUCCAAUAGUGGCACUAAGGUUGCCAAUGUUUUCCCAGCAUUUGCUUGUAACCCCCAAAGCCAUAUUUGCUCCCUGUGCCUCGCCCACAGUCUGCAAUACAGAGGGCAACACUGCUGUUACAACUGGCUAAGGUACUGCUGUGGCCCUCACAUUGGCAAUGUGAUGCCUCUGCUGCUAUAUUUAUAUAGGACCUGAACCUUAGGGUAUCAGUGGGCUUGAAAUAAUCUGAUUCCCCGGCCCAGUUUCUUUCUGUUGGGUUUUUGUUGGAUUCUGCCUUUGUACCAUGCCUGUAGAGACUGGUGGCCUCAGGCACAAGUGUACUGCUAAUGGAAUCUGCAGCCUGAGGCCACCAAACAGGCUUUUGGGAUCACUGUACUGAGCAGAUGUAUUUUUUUAAGAUGUUCUGAAGGUAUAUGUGGAACUGACAAUAAAACAACGUUAGAACUGC